AUGGCUGCCGGAAGAAGCCUCUUUUGGGUCGGCUUCACCUGUGUGCUGGGUCAAGUUCAAAUUCUUACUCAGGUAGAGCGUCCGGAGACCACCUGGGUAGACACCCGCGUGCGUGUGGUGUCAGACUCUUUCCGUGGCCUUAUUGAUGCUUGGCGCUUCUUCCCCCAGCAGGAAGGGCUGCAGCCAGCGCUCAAUGAGGCAGAGCUUUUUCAGGCCAUUCACUUUGCCAGCUAUCCAAGGCGCAUUACUGAUGUGCAGAUUGUCGUUUAUGCGAACAAGGAGCACAAGAACUUGGAGCUGCUCCGGCAACAUGCGCCCUUUCCGGUGAAAAUCCUCCGGCAGGCAGAAUCCCCGAUGCCUGUGGGCUAA